CACGGUUUCACGAAGUUUAUUAAAAAGAUUCAUGAAAAUUCGUUCGUAUAUAGAACCACCUACGAAGAAUAAAAUAAAAUUUUAUUUUUAUUGGAAAAGUAUUUGGAGAUAGUGCCCGAGAUGAAUAUUGAAUAUUAUUGAUCAAGCGCUAUCUCGGAAAGUCUUAUCUUGUUUCUAGAGUCUUAAUUUAUAAUGGUAUAUUCUUACAUUAAACAAGUCAUUCUCUACUAGGUUGUUAUUGAAACUACGAGUAUUUUGCGAAGGUUUAUAAUGGUACAACCAGCUAUUUCCGUAGGUGUCGGAUACGGCGUAGUUGUUGGUCUUGGUUUAGGAUUUGCCGUUUUGAUGAUAUGUAUUUCGUAUAUUCUCAAGAAGUACAACAGUGAGAAACAGACAUCAGAGCACUUCAAUACAGCCUCACAUAGCGUAAGAACAGGACUAGUGGCCAGUGCUGUUGUGAGCAGUUGGACUUGGGCAUCAACAUUGCUGACCAGUGCUCAAAAAACUUACCAGUAUGGCGUUUCUGGAGCAUUCUGGUAUGCCUCUGGAGCUUGCGUACAAAUUUUGUUGUUUACCGUUUUGGCAAUUGAACUGAAAAGGAAAGCGCCUAAUGCGCAUACAUUUCUCGAAGUUGUCCGAGCCCGAUGUGGGCCUCUAGCUCACACUGUUUUUAUUUUUUUUGCAUACGUUACCAAUAUCCUUGUGAUGGCUAUGCUGUUAUGCGGCGGAUCCGCUACAAUUGCUUCUGUUACUGGUGUGAAUACUGUUGCUGCUUGCUUCCUGCUUCCAGUAGGAGUAAUUAUAUAUACUAUUUUUGGCGGUAUUAAGGCGACCUUUCUCACAGAUUACAUUCAUACAAUCAUCAUUCUGGUGAUCUUAAUUAUGUUUAGUUUAUCUGCCUAUUCCGCUAGUGACAAAAUUGGAUCACCAAGUAAGCUUUAUGACAUGUUAAAGGCUGCCGGAGAGUCACAUCCCGUCGAAGGAAACGCGGAGGGAAGUUAUCUUACGAUGAGAAGUCGAGAAGGUGCUAUUUUCUUUAUUAUUAAUCUUGCGGGAAACUUUGGAACAGUGUUUGUAGACAAUGGGUACUGGCAAAAAGCUAUCGCAGCGAACCCAGCUUCAGCAUUACCUGGUUACAUCUUGGGAGGUGUUUCUUGGUUUGCAAUUCCAUGGUUAGCAGCAACUACCACUGGCCUUGUAUGUCUAGCUCUUGAAGCUAUGCCUUAUUUCCCUACGUAUCCAAAUCGUAUGACUGAUCUAGAAGUUAGUCAAGGUUUAGCUUUACCUUAUGGAGCGAUAGCGUUAAUGGGUAAAACAGGUGCUAAUGCUACCGUGGUACUUGUAUUUAUGGCCGUUACUUCUGCUGCUUCGUCCGAAUUGAUUGCUGUUUCGUCAAUUUUUACUUAUGAUAUUUACAAACAGUAUGUUAGAAGAAAUGCCGGCAAUAAAGAGUUGCUGUAUACUGGCCAUAUUGUAUUGAUAGUUUUUGGGUUUGUAAUGUCGGCUUUUGCAACAGGGUUAUACUAUGGCAAUGUCUCAAUGGGAUACCUGUACCUUCUUAUGGGAGUAUUGGUUUGCCCUGCAGUCAUUCCAGCAACGUGUGUGAUGCUUUCUACACGGACGUCUAAGUUAGCUAUUACCGUUUCUCCGGUGUUGGGAUUGAUUUCUAGUAUCAUAAGUUGGCUUGUCGUUGCGGCCUCGCAGGGUUCAGGUAAAUUGACGAUUGAAACGACGGGAGCGAAUAACCCCAUGUUGGCUGGCAAUGUUGUGGGACUAUUGAGUCCAAUACUCUAUUUAUUUAUUUUUUCCAUUGUGAAACCCGAAAAAUACGACUUUAACGAUUUGCUGAGUAAGUUUAGGAUGCACUAUGAGUCGGAAGAAGAAGAGAUUUUACAGAGAAAGAAGCUUAAUCGUGCCAGCAUAAUAUCAAAAAUAGCAGCGACCGGAGUUGCCGCCGUAUUUAUUAUAUUGUGGCCAUGGCCGAUGUAUGGAUCGAAGUAUAUUUUUUCAAAACGAUUUUUUACUGGCUGGGUCGUGGUUGGAUUAAUAUGGAUUUUCUUUACUGUAUUUUCGGUAGGAAUAUUUCCAUUAUGGGAAGGAAGAAGAGAUAUCUAUCUUGUUGUGAAAAGAAUGUUUGAAUCAGCCUUCGGUGCCAAAGUCAUUGAGAGUGAAGAUUUUGGAGUAGUCGAAGGUAUGAACGUUGAGAAAGGUGAGGAAAAAGGAAUUGAAAAAACCAAUGAGAAGGAAAAUGGUUAUCUAUAUGUCUAAGUAUAUCAUAUUGUAAAGUUGUAUAUUGAUGAAUGAAUGCAUUUAAAUGGAAUUAUGACAGGG